GCUCUCAUUCCAUUAUUCCCGGCGACAUGCCAGCAGCAGGUAUCCAAAUUUUCUCGGUAGAGGAUUUUUACUAAGGAUAAAGUCUCGCAAUGCAUUUUCUAACAUGAUUUGAGCUUAAAAAAUAAUAUUUUCUUCUUUUUUGGAUUUUGGAAGCAAUGGAUUAUAUCCUUCCCUUUUGUGACUGACAUUUGUUGAAGAAAAAUGUUGCUUCAUUUGUUCGAAAAAUGAGAUGUUGUGUAUGAAUUAUGUGUACUAUGAGCUUCUAGUUUAGGAAGAAUGCUAGUGUUCAGUCUUGAAAUCAGAUUCAGUUUUUGAAAAAUAAUCCAGAAAAAACUUAUUUGUCAUCAACAUUUCGUAAAAAUGAAGGGUUGGAAAGUUGGAUUAAUGCUUUUUGUUCUAAUUCAAGGCUACGGUACCAAAGGAUCUGAUCCUAUAUGUGGAUUUCCUGGCACGCCUGCUUAUGGAUAUGUUAAGCCAGAUGAAGCUGCAUACUAUGAAGGUGAUAUUGUAAGUUACUCUUGUAGAGUAGGAUAUAUACUUCUCGGCUCUCACAUUCGCAAAUGUACAAAGGAUGGCUCGUGGACGGACGAAGUUCCUAUUUGUGAUGACAGUAUGACCACUCUUGGUUUUGCUUCAUCGACUCCAGCUGUGCUUGGUCAUUCAGCAGAAUUAGCCAUAGACAGAGACAAAAACACUUGCACCUACUUGAAGCAAAAAAACCCUCGAUGGUGGAGAAUAGAUCUUGGUGCAGAAUACAAGGUGCUGUCUGUUGCAGUUACUGUUCCUUCUCCAGAUAAAAACAUGAAAUUUACAGUUUACGUAAUUGGAAUUCAAGGAACAACUGCCUCGUACCACAGGUGUGCAUCGUUUAGUGGAAAAUUUGGUACGCAAACGGUUGUUUUGUCAUGUGCUGAAGGCAAAGGCAUCGAAGGCGGAAAAGUGCACAUCGAAGAUCAUCAGCUAAAUGAAAGACUAUUUGAACUGUGUGAAGUUGAAGUACAAGUUGAAAAAGAUACUGGCUAUGACUGUGGAAGACCUAGCCGCAAUAUUUAUUCCAUUACUUUUGAUUCCAGUGGAGAUAGUGUAGAAUACGGAUGCAUCAGAGGCUAUGAAAUUGUUGGAAGCGAUUACCGAAUGUGUGAAAAUUCCGGCCAAUGGUCAGGAGAACCACCAGUAUGUAGACCUAUUAUAUGUAAUCGUUUGAUUGCGCCUGAAAAUGGUCUCGUAGAAGUCAUUCAGGGCAACAGAAGUACGCCAUUAGAAGGAGCAACUGUCGCAUACAGAUGUGAAGAAGGAUUUAAAUUGGUAGGGUCCUUUACUCGGGAAUGUUUACGGGAUGGAUCGUGGAGUGGAAACGAUCCCCAGUGUAAAGCGAUAAGAUGCCCCAUUCCGGAUGGAAAAUUGCAGCGAGGUAUUUACAGACUAGUGAACAAAACAAAUAGUAUGGGAAGCAUGGCCAUGCUGAGAUGUAAACGAGGCAAAAGGGAAGGAGAUAAUCCAUAUAUUACGUGCACUGAAGAUGGUAGCUGGACAAAAGCAGAAGCACACUGCAUAUUACCUGCUGGUGCAUCAUAUGAAGUUAAAGAAGAACCAAGAAUAGUUAAUCAGGGAGCUGUCAUUUUCGGAAUGGUUGUUGCAGCUGUGAUGAUAGUGGUUGUACUGGUAGCAUUAUAUCUGUAUUCUCAAAAGAGGCGAAAUGCAGAAAAGCCAAAAAUUCCAAGUCGCUUCCAGGAUCCACCAGCACCUCCACCAAGGCCUCCACCUCGGACUAAAAGCAAUCCAUUCAAAAAUGCUAUUAUGGGAUUUAUGUCUCGUGAUACAGCUGUCAAAGAUGAAGAUAUAGAGUUAAAAAAUUGGAAAACCCACAGUCUGCCUACGGAUAACUCAUUCGCUAACGACAUGGGAGAUCCUAAUAGUCCCAAAAAGCUACGUUCUUUCGGGGGAAGUUUAAGACAAGAAGAUAAACCGGCUGUUAUUGAAGUGGAAGUACUCUCGCAUGAGGGAUCAGGCAACAAAGGAAAAUUUAGAAGCGUUCCUGAAGAGAAUGAAAACGCAAGUCUUGAAAAUGUUGAACUUCAUGAUGAGGAGAAGGAAAGCAAUAAAGGAUCUGAGCGAGAACCCAAAAGCGGAGCCGAAUAUGCAGCAGUAGAUUAUGAAAAGAAACGACAGUCCCGACUUUUAAAAGAACAAGAUUCUAUGGAAUCAUCUUCGACAGCUGCUGCAAGUCCCAUUCCCGCAGACGAGGUCGAUAAACACGUAUCACCGUCUCCUCCGAAAAGUUUGAGUCACACCGAAAGUGAAGAAGAAAGUGAAGAAGUUUCGAGUGAGGAAAAAGAAGAUGAAGAUCAAAUAAAUAAAGAAGAAGAAGAAAGGAAGGCAAAAGAAGAUGAAGAGAAGAAAGCAAAGGAAAAAGAGGAGAGAAAAGUAAAAGAAGAAGAAGAGAGGAAAGCUAAGGAAGAAGAGGAAAAGAAAGCUAAAGAAGAAGCGGAGAAGAAAGCCAAAGAAGCAGAAAACGAAGCUGCAAUUGCACGUAGACGAAAAUUAAGAACCGAACCUCCUCCACCAGUGGAUGAGAAACCAGUUUUAAGGCGAUUCCGACGCUAGAAACUAUAAUUCGUAUCUGUGAUGAAAUUUUCAUGGUCAUAAUGAAGACAAUAAAAAAGCAAUGCGAUGGGAAUAUUUGCAUGCAAAAGCUGCAAAUAUUUCAGAAUUUCCGAUAGCAAGCGAUUUGUUAAUUGAUUUCAUCUAAUUUGACGUAAAGUGACAUUCCCAUUUGCAGUCACAUUAGAUUUGAAGCAAUUUUCAAGAAUUGAGUGUUUUACGUGAAGAGAAACAAUUCAAGCAAGAAUAAGUAAUUACAAUGCUGAUUCAACAUGCAUAUUUUAUAUGCGAAAUUUUGUUAUAAAAUUAUAUCCGCAUUUUAUAACAUGAAUGUAUGUUAAGUGUAUUAAUUUCUAAAUUACGGAAGUAAAUUAUUUCUCAUAUUUGUUUCUGUGAAAAAGUUAAGAGUCCAAUAGGUUUGAAAAGUUUACUCAUGUUAUUAAAAUUUUGUAGAGAAGUUUUAAAUGUUGAAACCAAAACAAAAAUAUAUUUUCAAUUGUUUGAAAAAGUGAAAGUUCUGAAAACGUUUUAUAUUCUUGAAUAUUGAAUUGUGGAUUAUUAUGUACCUAAAAUAUGUUACCACUUUUAUGAACAAUUUAUUUACAUCUAAAGGCAUGCUGUAAGAAUAUUUCUGAUAUUAAACUUCAAAAAGAGAAGAAAAAAUCCAAUACAUGAAUUUCUCUCUUAUAUUUGUCUAUU